AUUAUUAAUAAAUAUGUAUCAUAACUCUCGUGAGAAGAGACGAGAACGAGAGCGUUUGAUGAACGUUAGUUCGAAACAAAGUUUGUCCUGUCUCUUUUUAGCAAAAACAGAAGCAUAAACACAAAGAUCAUUUAUUACAUAACAUAUUUUUUGGUCCGUCGAGGCGGAUUAAGUCCGAUAACAAAGAAUCGCAAUCAUUUUCAGUGAGGAACGUCUUUUCAAGAGACUUUUUGAUACAGUGUGUUAAGCCUAACCUCGUGGAUACUGCGUUGGUUGGAAUAUCGAGUAUCGAGCAAAGUUCAGUACAACAUUAGCAAGUGAGUAGAAGUUUCUAUCAUAGUUUAAUAUAGCAUAUCGCAAGUUAAUAUUCAUCAUGGACAUUUCGCAACAAAAAAGGAACCGUAAGGUUAUUAAACAAAGCAUAACAAGACAUUACAAUUUUGCCAUUGGUAGUGAAGCUCAAAAUGCAACUAUUCAUAUUCUUCGCACAAGAAUCACGUUAUUAGACGAUACGUGGAAAGAAUAUCUUAAUAUAAGUAACAAUAUAAUCAUGUUUGGAACAGAUGAACAAUCAACAGCUCAAGAAAAAGAUUAUGAAGAAGUAGAGGAAAAAUAUAUUCAAGCACGAUCCAAAUUAUCAUCAUUAAUCGACGAAAAGGCGCCAAUAACAGAGACAUCAACACAGGCAUCACCGAGACAGUCGAAUGCAUCAUUUGAAGGGCAGGCAAACUCCACGUCGAUAAAAUUACCAAAAAUUGAACUACCAACAUUUGACGGAGAUUAUUUAGAAUGGAUCAAGUUCAAAGACUUAUUUUCAGCAAUAGUGCAUAACAAUGCAACUUUAACAAACGCACAAAAACUUCAUUACCUUAAAUCAGUUUUAAAGGGAGAAGCUGAACAACUCCUACACUCCAUUGAAGUCAGUGAUGGUAAUUAUACAGAAGCAUGGAAGAUACUGCAAGAUAGAUAUGAAAAUGAACGACAGAUUAUUAACAGUCAUCUUAAGGCUCUUUUUCAACAGCCACGUGCAAGGACUGAUUCGGCGAGUGAAAUCAAACGACUGCUAGACACUACUGUAAAACAUGUCAGAGCAUUAGCAGUGUUAAAAUUGCCGACAGAUCAUUGGGAUCACAUUUUGGUUUAUACAUUAAGCAACAAACUCGAUGAUGAAACAAGAAAACAGUGGGAAUUAAAGGCUACAACGACUACAUUUCCUACAUUCAAUGAGUUGAAGCAAUUUCUGGAGCAGAGAUAUCGUGCUCUAGAGAUUUCCGUGAGCAAUAUGUGGAAACAAAGAACACAACAAAACAUAGGAAAACUAUCAAAUACACUCAAAGCUCAUAGUGUGACCGUUUUAAGUUGCCCAGUUUGCAAGGAGGCACAUCAUGUUUUUUACUGUCCAGCGUUCCAGAAACAGAACGUGAAAACUCGUAAGGUCACUAUCAAGAAUGCUGGACUCUGUUUUAACUGUUUUAAGGGUAAUCACUCAGUGAAAGACUGUAAAUCUACAUCUACAUGCAAGCAUUGUCGUAAGAAACAUAACACCAUGCUACAUGAAGACGAAUCUCCCGCUCAAGUUUCAGCAUCAAACGCAGCAUCUUCUUGUAUAACAGCGAAUUGCAACACUAGUGAAGUGAUUAUUACACACCACGCAUCUGAAACUCAACAAAAAACUGUCUUGUUAGCGACGGCAGUGGUAAAUGUGAUUGACUCGUUUGGAACCAAACAUCAAGCUAGACUACUACUAGAUAAUGGAUCGCAGUCAUCGUUUGUUAGUGAAGCGUUUGUACAAAGAACAAGAUUGCCGCGAGAAGCUGGAAAAUUAAGAGUUAUAGGUCUGGGUCAAACAGAUUCUGGAGUUACGAAGGGUAUAGUGAAGCUACAACUUCAGUCGAUAUAUGACCAGUUCUCUUUACAAAUUAACGCAUUCGUAUUGCCGAAGCUUACAGGUAUUCUCCCAGCAGUAAAGGUUAACAUUUCAGACUGGAAGCAUAUUAAGAAUAUAGAUCUAGCAGACUCAGCAUUCAACAAGCCUCGUGAAAUAGACAUUCUAUUAGGAGCAGAUUAUUAUCAUGAUGUCUUAACAUCCACGCCAAUAGUGAAGGAGUCAAACCGUCCUUAUUUACAGCUCACAAGGUUUGGAUGGGUAGUCUCUGGUCCUGUGGGUCAGCAACUUGAAGACAAGGUGAUCUGCAACUUUGUUACGUGUAACACAGAUAAAAUACUAAAACAAUUUUGGGAAAUCGAAGAGGUAGAAGCUACACAAAAAAUGUCGGCAGAAGAAACAAAAUGUGAAGAACAUUUUCAAAAAACUCAUCGAAGACAAGAAAAUGGACGCUAUUCAGUCUCAUUUCCCUUUAGGGAAGAAAGACCAACGUUGGGAGACUCCAAGCAGAUAGCAUUUCGUCGGCUUCAGGCAUUAGAAAGAAGACUAGAAAAGGAUCCGUACAUUCGUACUCAAUACAAUGAUUUCAUGAAGGAGUAUGAAAAUAAACACCAUAUGUAUGAAGUCUCAACUACUGAAGAGUGUUAUUAUAUACCUCAUCAUUGCGUCAUACGAGAAAGCAGCGAAACCACGAAGCUCCGUGUAGUUUUUGAUGCCUCAGCCAAGUCAUCGAACAAUAAAUCACUAAAUGAACAAAUCUNUUAA